AUGUCUGUCAGACGUUCUCAGUUACCGUUAUUACCCGCAUUCGCCAUUACUGACUACAAAGCACAAGGUCGAACUUUACCCAAAGUGAUUAUUGAUCUAGAAAGUGCACGAUCAAUUCAAUCCGCAUAUGUCAUGAUAUCCCGCGCAACGGCGUUGGAAAACUUACUCAUCCUGCGCCCUUUCAGUGCCAAAAGGGUGAUGGGUCACAUGUGCGGUGAUCUCCGAGCGGAACUGUGUCGCCUCGAACAGUUGGAAUGCGACACCAUUGUACGAACGCCUUCUCAGACAUUCAGGCAUGCACAAGCAACAUCAUGGAAAGAAAAGCUCUUGCGGUCCCCAAACAAUGCUUCGCUGGGUGCGUACUGA